UUAUUCCCACCUGGGGACACUGCAAUUCCUCAACAUCUCACUCCCCUUUUACACCAUAAUUUAUCCCUUCAAUGCCCUACUAUAGGCCUCUACACUCCCUAUGAAGCCUAUAACCUCUUCCCUUUCUCUCUCCAGUGACUCCUUUAAAAUACACUCUCUCUUGCUCUAAACACAAAUCAUAAGCCACUCAUGACCUAAUCACUCAAACACUUCUAUUUAUCCACCCCAACUUCUCUCCCUCUCCUUUUCAUCUCUCUCUCUCUCUCUCUCUCUCUCUCUCUCUCUCUCUCUCUCUCUCCCCACCAUCUCUUUCUCUUUCACCUUACUGUUCCACUGUAUUACCCUUUCCCCUUUCCCCUUCCCCCCACCGUUCGCCUUUUCCCCAGGGCCCUAUCCACCAAACUUCUCAUUCUAAUUUACAUACAUCUCCUUCGAAUGUGUUGAUCUUGGGCUCUUCUUUUCUUCUUCUCAUUAGUUCCAUACUCUCCUUUGUAACAUGGCAAUGGCAAAGGAAUCUAUAUCGUCUUCCACCACAACCACAACCUUCCCGGAUCUCUCCCUUCAGAUUAGCCCGCCAUCGUCACUUACUAUCGAUGAAUCGAUGAGAAAAAACCUGCUGAGGGAGGAUUCUGGGAGUAGUGGGAGUGAGGUGAGCCAUGAACUAGGGUUCUUGCACCGGCCCGAUCCUAACCCUAACCCUAGCCUCGGGGAGCCGCAGCUGAGUCUGCGGUUCGAGGCCCCGGCAACGGAUCAGGUACACGGCCGGAUGUAUCACCAACUAGUGCAACAACACCUUGACAACAACAACAACAACAGCUUCCACGACCGCGACCACCAUCUCCACCACCCACAGAUCUACGGCUUCAAGCGGAAUUCGAGGCCGGGUCACGGCGGAAAGAGAAGCGUUAGGGCUCCGAGGAUGCGGUGGACCACCACCCUCCACUCCCAUUUCGUGCACGCGGUGGAGCUCCUCGGUGGCCACGAGAGAGCAACGCCAAAAUCGGUCUUGGAGUUGAUGAACGUGAAGGAUCUAACACUGGCUCAUGUGAAGAGCCACUUACAGAUGUAUAGAACAGUGAAGAGCACUGACAGAGGGACAGGCCAAGGCCAGAUAGAUAUGGGCUUGAACCAGAGGACAGGGAGAGGAGAUCAAGUGGAGGGAGGUGUAGGAGUACUACCAUGUGACACUGCAGAGAUCAACACUUCUUAUAAGCCCCUCACUACUACUACUACUACUACACCAACCCCACCCACAACACUGCUCAAGUCCCCUAGAAGCCCCAGCUUGUCGACAGAAGAGAAGAAUGCUUGGAAUCCAUCACUCCAACAGAAUGCAUUGUCGUACGCAUAUCUAAAUUGUGAUAAAUUUUCAAGCAAAGGAAAUAAGGGAAUGGAAGAAGAAAGGGAUGCUCUUCAUCCCCCUCAUGGAAUAGGAGAGGAGGAAUUAAACACAAGGAGAGGGAAUAUGCCAUUCCUACACAAUGAACAUAGCAUGACUCUUUCUACGGUGCCGAACCUGGAAAUCACCCUAGGAAGGCAGAGUUGGCAAAUGGAAUAUGGUGAAUCUUCAAAAGAACUUGCCCUUCUCAACUGUUUGUGAAAAUUCGGAGGAGCUUAAUUCCUCUAUCCUAUUCUUAUUAACAAAAAAAGAAAAAGAAAAUCCUUCUAAUUAUUAAGCUGUAGGGGGUAGUGUGUACGUGUGGCUUGUUGUAACUUUUGCUUGUAACAAAAUUAAGAGAAUUGCCAUCAACUCGGAAUUGAGCUGUGACCAGAGUUUAUUGCACAGUUGGUAGAAA